AUGGGGAGAAACUGUCAUCCUUUACUAAGAGGUGGAAGGAGAGAAACUAAAUACAGCCAUGAAUUUUCUGCUUCAGACAUGGAAACUCUAGCCAGUAUAUGUGAAGUCAUUCUACCUUCUUUACCCCUGAAUACUGCUGAAAUUUCUUCAACGAAUGAACAAUCCAAAAGGGCUGUUCAGUCUUUCUACAGUGCUUCUGGAUCACAGUAUCCCAUACCAGACGAGGUUGCAGAACUCAUAACAAAGAGGGGAUUUUUGGAAGCUAAACUAUUGGUCAGAGGGCUGUUAAAAAUUCUCUCGACGAGGCUCGGGACUUUAUUGAUCUGUGGAACUCUUUGUUUUGACAACAAAUGGCCAUAUAUGAACAAAUUCUCGUGUAUUUCUCUACAGAAGAGGGAAACUGUUAUUCAGUACUGGUUCAAGAAUUGGCUUCUUACUCCUAUCAGGAUAGCUUUUGUGUUCAUCAAAAUCUUAUGCCUCUUUGUCUUCUUCACUCGGGUUGGAGAAGAUUCAAAAAAUCCAGCUUGGGAAGCCAUGGAUUAUGAGGUAGAUAGUGCUGAAAAUUUAUCCAAUUUGCCUGAAGAUAGACCUCUUGAAAAAGGAAUAGUUGAGACUAUGAAUGAAACCGAGUCGAAAUUUGUCAGUUCUCUAGUUCAAAAAGGCCUCAGUGUCACCGGAGAUCCUUUACAGAACAUGUACAAGAUCAAAUGCGACGUUGUAAUUGUAGGCUCGGGUUGUGGUGGUGGUGUUGCUGCGGCUGUUCUUGCAAGUUCAGGCCUGAAAGUUGUGGUUCUUGAAAAAGGAAAUUAUUUUACUAAAACAGAUUAUUCUGCACUAGAAGGACCUUCCAUGAAUCAACUUUAUGAAUCUGGAGGACUUCUUGCAACCUUGGAUGGAAAAAUGAUGGUUCUUGCAGGAUCAACAGUGGGUGGUGGAUCUGCUGUUAAUUGGUCGGCCUGUAUUAAAACACCGAAUUCUGUACUUCAAGAAUGGGCUAAAGAUCACAAAAUUCCAAUGUUUGCAAGUUCUCAGUAUUCCUCUGCUAUGGAUAUUGCGUACGAAAGACUUGGUGUCACGAAGAAUUGUGUCCAAGAGGGGUUUCAGAAUCAGAUUUUACGAAGAGGGUGCGAGAAAUUAGGCCUUGAAGUUGAAUCCGUCCCACGAAAUUCCUCAGAAAGACAUUACUGUGGUUCUUGUUGCUAUGGCUGUGUACAAGGUGACAAGAAAGGAACUGACACAACUUGGCUAGUUGAUGCAGUGAAUUGUGGUGCAGUGAUCAUAACAGGAUGCAAAGCCGAGAGAUUUGUACUAGAAAAGAACGAGUAUGGAAGUACAAGGCAGAAGAAAUGCUUGGGAGUGAAUGCAAAGAGUAUGAAUACAGAUUUUACGAACAGGAUACAAAUUGAGGCUAAGGUGACAAUCUCGGCUUGUGGUUCUCUCUUGACCCCUCCAUUGAUGAUAUCUAGUGGUUUAACAAAUAAAAACAUCGGCCAGAAUCUUCAUCUUCACCCGGUUCUAAUGGCAUGGGGAUACUUCCCAGAGUCCAAUUCAGAUCUCAAAGGAAAAAUUUACGAGGGAGGUAUAAUUACCUCGUUGCAUAAAGUUAGACUGGAUGGAUCAAAUGCAAGAGCAAUUAUAGAAUCCCCUAUUCUAGGCCCGGGAUCGUUUGCUGCAUUAUGUCCUUGGAAGUCAGGAAUGGACUUGAAGAACAGGAUGGUUAGGUAUUCUAGAACGGCUCAUCUGUUCUCAAUGAUUCGAGAUAGAGGCUCAGGGGAAGUUACAUCAGAAGGAAGGAUUAAUUAUUCGUUCAAUAAACUGGACAAAGAAAAUAUGAAGGUAGGUUUACGCGAAGCAUUAAGGAUUUUGAUAGCGGCAGGAGCUGCUGAGGUGGGCACUCAUCGGAGUGAUGGACAAAAGCUGAUAUGCAAAGGCAAAAGUAACAAAGAGUUGGACGAGUUUCUUGACACGAUUACUGUCCCGGAAGGGCCUAAAUCUUUGGUCGAGAACUGGACUACUUAUUGUUCUGCGCAUCAAAUAGGAAGCUGCAGAAUGGGGAUUAACGAAGAGGAGGGUGCAGUGGACGAAAAUGGAGAGAGUUGGGAAGCAGAAGGCAUAUUUGUUUGUGAUGCUAGUGUUCUUCCAAGCGCCAUUGGAAUCAAUCCUAUGAUAACCAUUCAAGCAACUUCAUAUUGCCUCUCGAAAAAGAUAGCUGAGAGACUGAAAAGUUUUAGCUAG